AGGACUAUGGCAUAAUCAGGAAAGGAUUGGAAUUGGAAAGGAUGAGUAUCGGCAUCAUCAAUAAAGCACACGGGGUUCAAAUAGCACCAACAAAUAUCACAAAUACGGAACAUCACAGGAUACUCGCAUCUCUCUUUCUCAGUCGAACCGAGACUCUUGAAGAACCUACAAUGACAAAGUCCUUAACUCUUCCUGGGAACAGUUCGUCAUGGCCGAGGCCGAGCAUGUCUUCAGCGAAGUCUUUGAGCCUUUCUUCCACUUCUUCAGGCAAAGUUUCCAAGCUCCCAUUUCUGCCACUUGUCCCGUCCACUCUUGCUGCAUACUUCUGGAUUGCCUCCGGCUUCACGGUGACCUGAAAUAAAU